AUGGCGCCACAGGAGAGCCAUCUGACAGCCACACUCCUGACCUCCAUCCUGGCAGCGGUGCUCGGCUCCCUGCAGAUCGGCUACCAUACUGGCAACGUCAACGCUCCAGCCAAGAUCAUUGAAGAGUUUUUUAACCACACCUGGAGAACCAGGCACAACCAGACGAUGCCGGAUCACAGCCUGACUCUCCUGUGGUCGCUCUCUGUCAGCAUUAAAGACUUUGGAGCUUUGCUGGGCUCACUGGGAGUCAAAUACCUGGCAGAUUCUUAUGGAAGACGUAACUCCAUCCUAAUAGUGAACUGUCUCUCUGUGGUGGGAGCGUGUCUAAUGUCCGCCUCCAAAGCCAGCAAGUCAUUUGAGGUUCUCAUCCUGGGGCGCUUAGUGUUCGGUCUCUUCUGCGGCCUGGUGAUGAGCCUUAAUCCGCUCUACAUCCAAGAAGUGUCCCCCACAAACCUGAGAGGGGCCUUCGCCACACUCAACCAGGUGUCCUUUGCCUCAGGCAUCCUGGUGGGAAUGGUUGCUGGUCUGGAGACAGUGUUGGGAACUGAGCAUAACUGGGCCAUGAUGCUGUCCCUGUCUAUCAUCCCAGCCCUGACACAGUACUUGGUCCUGCCUUUCUGUCCAGAGAGCCCUCGCUUCCUGCUCAUCAACCGGGGAGAGGAGACCAAAGCAGAGGCUGCCCUGCUGAGGCUGAGAGGCAGCUCAGAGAAGGUGUUCGCUGAGCUGGAAGAGAUGAAGGAAGAGGCGGCCCACACCCAGACCGGUGUCACCAUCAAUGAGUUCCUCGAGAAGCACAGAUACAAGCAGCCGAUCAUUAUCGUUCUCAUCAUCAACUUGGGCAGCCAGCUGUCUGGAUUUAAUGCGAUCAUUAAUUAUUCCACCAGAAUGUUCCAAGCCAAGUUCAAUCAGGCCAAAUACCUGACUCUGGGCGUGGGAGCUGUCAAUGUGACCUUCACCCUGGUGGCAUUCUUCCUGAUGGAGAGGGCAGGAAGGAGGAGAUUGCUCCUGACUGGUUUCAUCUCCAUAGCAGUGUGCAAUCUACUCAUGACCAUAGUGGAUUCUGUCCUGCACCUGGUCCCAGAGCUGCGGAGCCUCCAAGUCCUGCUGGUUUUCUGCCUGAUUUCAGCCUAUGAGCUGGGCCCUGGCCCCAUCUCAUGGUUCAUUGCUGCUGAGCUGUUCGACCAACCUGGCAGACCCAUCGCCAUGGCCUUUACCAGCAUGCUCAACUGGGGAGGGAAGUUUGUUCUGGCACUCCUCUUUCCUCCGUUACUGAAAAUAUGCGGUGCGUACGUCUACCUCCUCUUCAUGACCGUGGCUCUGGCUGCCUUCACCUUCACCUGGUUUCGCCUCCCAGAGACAAAAGGCCGCACAUUCGAUGACAUUGCGGAGGAGUUCAGAGGAGCCGAAGGGAUCCCUUUGCACAAUAAGACUGGAUUCAACACUUUCACCUGA